AUGCCAUCACCACCCAAGACCUCGUUAUCGUCAUCAUCACCAUCUUCUUCGCCCCCAAGCCCGACCUGGAAACCCGCCCGUCUAGACGACUACCUCUCGCUCUCGCACGCGCCAAACGCAAAAGCCACAUGCUCCAUUGUCAAGCCGGUUUCCAUAAAAGUCGACUCGGGACCCAAUGGCACCGCGCCUGGCUUCCUGCACCUGCCCCCCCCAGCGCCUCUAGCACGCCCACCACGCCAACCGGUCCAUGUACCUCUCUCUCUAGCAGAAAAACUCGGCUCGCUGCCGCGGCCCAUGGCAGCCCUGCGCCUCGACUACCGCUUCCCAGCGCGGACUGCGCACUGCGUGCUGGCCGCCAUGCGCGAGCUGCAGGAUACGUACCACAUGUCGUCUCGGGAUUCGCGUGUCGUAGGGUGCGUGGGUAUCGCGUCGCAUGCGCCGCGGCCUGUCUUACUGUUGCAUGGCACGGGGGAUCGCACGCUGGGUCAUGGUUGCUCCGAACGCCUGUAUGAGGCGUAUGGCACUGGGGGGAAGAGGGUGUUGAGGCUUUUUGAGGGGGAUGAUCAUGCGUUGACGGGGAUUUCACAAGAGGCGGAGCAGCUGGUUGGGGGGAUUUGUGCUUGA